GAAUUUAUGAAUUUAAAUGUUGGCACAGAUCUCCUUGUCAUCAUCAAGAAUUGCCUUGGCAAUAAACGGGUCAUCUCCUUCCUUUGACUCCUAAAAUUUCCACUCCCCACUAUUGGCUCUGCGUAGCUAGCAAGCAAAACUUCGAAGCUUUGCUUCACAGACAGCAAUGGCAGAACCCAAGACCAAGUACGAUCGUCAGCUCAGGAUUUGGGGUGAGCAAGGACAGGAAGCCCUUGAGAAAGCUAGCAUAUGCUUGCUUAAUUGUGGUCCUACUGGCUCUGAAACAUUAAAGAAUCUUGUUCUUGGUGGGAUUGGAAGCAUCACUGUAAUUGAUGGUUCUAAAGUUGAAGUUGGUGACCUUGGGAACAACUUUAUGUUGGAUGAAACAAGUGUUGGGCAAUCAAAGGCAAAAUGUGUGUGUGCUUUUCUGCAGGAGCUAAAUGAAGCUGUUAAAGCCAAGUUUAUAGAAGAGUAUCCAGAGGCUCUGAUUAAGACAAAUCCAUCGUUCUUUUCUCAGUUCACCUUGGUAGUAGCCACUCAGUUGGUGGAAGAUUCAAUGAUUAAGCUGGAUAGAAUUUGUAGAGAAGCAAGUGUUUUGUUGAUAUUUGCACGCUCCUAUGGACUUACUGGGUUUGUCCGGAUCAGUUUGAAGGAGCAUGCAGUGAUUGAAUCAAAGCCUGAUCACUUUCUGGAUGACCUUCGACUUAAUAAUCCGUGGCCUGAGCUCAAGAGAUUUGCAGAAACAAUUGAUAUAAACGUGCCAGAUCCUGUUGUCCAUAAGCACACACCCUAUGUCAUUAUUCUUGUCAAGAUAGCAGAGGAGUGGGUCAAAUCACAUGGGGGCAGCCUUCCAUCAAGCAGGGAAGACAAAAAGGAGUUCAAGGAACUUCUUAAAACUAAGAUGGUUGCAAUGGAUGAAGACAACUAUAAAGAAGCUAUUGAGGCCUCAUUCAAGGUCUUUGCUCCUCAUGGAAUUAGCUCAUAUUUGCAAAAGAUAAUUAAUGAUAGCUGUGCUGAAGUUGAUUCUAAUUCAUCUGAUUUUUGGAUCAUGGUGGCAGCCUUAAAGGAGUUCAUUGCUAAUGAGGGUGGUGGGGAGGCACCACUUGAGGGAUCAAUACCAGAUAUGACAUCUUCAACUGAGCAUUAUGUAAAUUUGCAGAAAAUUUACCAAGCCAAGGCUGAGGCUGAUUUUCUUGUUGUGGAGGAACGGGUGAGAAAUAUCCUAAAAAAAAUUGGUAGAGAUCCAAAUAACAUCUCAAAGGCAAAAAUAAAAAGCUUCUGCAAAAAUGCAAGAAAACUCACAGUGUGUAGGUAUCGCCUUAUUGAGGAUGAAUUUAAUUCUCCAAUCCAACCAGAGUUACAAAAAUAUUUGACAGAUGAGGACUGCAGUGUUGCUGUGGGAUUUUAUAUUUUGCUUCGAGCUGUUGAUCGGUUUGCUGCGAAUUACAACAGUUUUCCUGGGCAAUUUGAUGGUGAAAUUGAUGAGGAUAUAUCUCGUUUGAAAACUACAGCUGUUGGCUUGCUUGGUGACCUAGGCUGCAAUGGCUCAACCUUGACAGAGGACCUUAUUAAUGAGAUGUGCCGAUAUGGUGCUGCAGAGCUCCAUGCAGUUGCUGCAUUCAUUGGGGGAAUUGCAUCCCAGGAAGUCAUCAAGCUUAUCACAAAACAGUUUGUUCCGAUGAGGGGGACUUUCAUAUUCAAUGGUAUUGAUCACAAAUCUCAGCUGUUGUCACUUUAAGCUGGAAGUCCUCAAAAAGUAAUUGGUAAUUUUAUCAGAUGAAGAUGGAGAAAAGGAUUUCUUCACAUUAUUGAAGGGUAAGUUCAGUUUGUUGGAUAACUGAAGCACUUGUAGUAUGUAUGUAACGAUUCCAUGUAUUGAAAAAAAAAAAGGGGGAGCUUGGGACCCAAAAAGAAAGAGGGGAAAAUGUUUAACACUAAAUGAAAAGUUUUAAUAAUAGGUUUUGAAAAGAAAACAGGGUUUUACAUUUUUCACCACAGGAUGGAGCUGUAACUACUGCUGCUUUUUUUCCUCUUUGUAAGGUUAUUUGCUGCUAAUUUAUUUAUUUUUGUUCGGGACUCCCCUCGUAUCUGGUUCUUGGAAUGGAACGCAAACAUGAAGAAUUUAUUAGUGAUAAAUUUGAAUCAUUUGGUUC